AUGGGUUCGCGCAGAAGAAGUCCCUCGAACGUGCCAUACGAUGUGGAAUUCUCGCAGAGUUCCUCGUCGGACGCCGACAAUGUUCUCGAGCUGCUGCCUACUGUGAAAAAGACAAAAUCAAAUACAAAACACGACAUAAAUGACUAUCUAGGUCACCACAAAUGGAAUUUCUCGAGAAGACCUGUUGUUCAUCCACUCCUUACAGAUUUCGGUCCAGAGACUCUACAAAAAUUCUUGCAGAACGAACUGGAUAGACUGAACGCUUUGGUUGGACGAGUGCACAACCAGCAAGAGCAGGCACUGCGAGACCUGGCCAAGGUUCUGGUUAGAGCCCAGAGCAACCUCAAAAUCACUAGAGAAGGUGGACAAAAUAGGUUCCAGCUUUCAAAUGGACAGCUACUGGGAAUUGAAGAUGCUGAGCCGUUAUCGUUGCCAAACCAGACAACUGACAAGGGCAAGACUCCAAUACGAAAGAGAAACAAAGCUGCUUUGAACAUACCUCAAAGUUCAACUUCUUCGCCGUCGCAGAACCAAGGGACGUCUUACUCUGAUCAACCAUUGAUCUAUCGGCGCGCUCGAAGGUCGACUCUACCACCUCACCGAUCUGAUCGAGCUGGCUCGUAUAACCUCUUUCGCGAUAUGUUCAAGGCCGUAGCAAGCCCAUAUACUAGAAACACGAGAGAAGUUUCGACAAGUCGUCCAUCACUUACCCCACAGGCCACUGAGUCUCACACGGAAACUCUACCAGCCCUCGGUCGUUCGCCAAGUCAGAUCGAAGGCAGGAGUCAAUAUUCAGCUCGACCCAUACAGGAGGGUAGGACACCCGAUGGCAGUAAUUCGCAGACUUCUACGGCUACUGUCAUGCAGAGCAAGCCAGAAGAUCUCCUCGAGACAUCAGAAGUGCGACUAUCCAGAACAUCAAGCUUCGAGAAUCAUGCUUCUUUCUCACGAGAUUCUUUGCGACCGAACAACAAGAUAGCAAGCCUUACCAAUCACUCUCCCGACGAUUCGCGGCGGCGUAGAAAGACGCCUGCGAUCUUACAAUGGUCGCCUCUCCCGUCAGCCUGGAUGCAGACAUUCGAUGGUCAGUCGGCUGCUCAGCCGCAGAACGACGACUCGGUUGCCACAGCUUCGAGCUCAACAACAUUCCUGGAUGAUUCUAUCGUGAAGGUUGAACCCAAGAUUGUGCAAUCACAUACGGACGAACUUUCUGUAACAAAAUCGACCGAUCAGCUUCCGGACCCCUCGCGUACCAAUCCACUGCACUCCUUGGUUGAUCUACAAGUCGGACACAAUGAAGACAUUGACAUGACAGACGCUCGCCGGGAAGCAGAGAUUGGUGAGCAGAAAGCAAUUUUGGAAUCUGUUCAGGAGGCGAAACAGCUAUCGAAAGCUUCUAGCUCCGGACGAAGCUCACUUGACCCUGUUCACUAUGACUACUACCGCAUGCUGCCAGAGGACAUACCAUCUAACAUCCGGCAAGCAGAGAUUAAUCGUUGUUCGAUUUGGGCAGCCCAUGGUCUUGAUGCUCGGGGACAUUCCUCACGGCCAAAACGUCCUUCACAUCGCAUUGGCCCAUUCAGCGAGACCGAACUCGAUCCUCGGCAGAAAAACUUUCUCAGUGCGCCCGAUGGAGAUGGCGACUACCCACGACGUUACGAGCCGCAUCGCAACCGGAACUCCGGUCCCGAACCACCUUAUGCUUCAGCAAUGGAGGUUCGAACAACAUUGCCAGUUGAGAUAUGGGAUGCUGAGACGGGCAAAACACCAGGUGGAGUUUUGCAGUAUUUGUCAUCGUCAGAAGUACGCAACCUGAGGCUCGUCUGCAAAAGUUUAGCAGAGGAUCUCGAACCAUACGUGUUCCGCAAUGUCGUGACAAACUUUGGACCAUCAUUGUUCAGUCUUCAGCCCUCGUACGAUGAGCACGGUAGGAUUGAGAUCGACAGUACACAUUCAAUGCUCGACAGGCACGGCGCUGAGAUCAACAAGUUUGGUAUCUCUUUUGAGUAUGAUGCUCCUGGCCUGAUGCAUGCACCCUUCAAAAUCACAGAAAAGGUCGUGGACGCUUGGUUUGGUCGCUAUGUUUGGCCUGUCAAGGAUUACCCCUACUUUUCACCUUUGUCGGAGAUCGAUAAGCUGCUUGACGAUGACAGACGGUUGCUGACUCAAUCAAUGAGAAAACUUACCAAGUGUAGGGAGCUCGCGAUUUCCGUUGAUAGUGGUCUUGGAUGGCUCGAGGGGCCUGAUGUAUCAGAUCUUGCUCUCUAUCGAAGCAAGGUCCAAGGUGGAUCAAAGGUGUUUGGCAAAACAUGCACCGCUCCGGAUCUCGCCUACGAAGAUGGCAUGCAGGAGCUCUUCAAGUGGGCACAGACUAAUACUAUUAAUGAAAACAUCAAGUAUCUGGACUGCCGAUGGAAGAAGGCGAGAGAAGAACUCGACCGAUUACGUUCGAUUGUUGUUCGUGACUACGAUAGCUAUCGUGAUGCUGGUUCUCAGCCGGACUAUACACAGCAUCUUCACACAGGCGGCAUCGUAGAGCAGCGCGCCCCUCUAACACCACGCCAUCUCAGACAAGUGAACACUGCCGCCUUCUUCGCAGCGCAGCCGCGACUCCAGAAUCACCUCCAAACAACUCAACCACUAGUACCCAACCAAAAUCCAAUACUGAACACGGCUCAACACGCGGUCCAGACGAGCACGAAUCUAGCCAGGCGGCAAAGGUUCCAAGAUAUUAUGGACCUUGUCGGCAACAAUACUUCUCUGGCUACACCACCUUCAACGAAGAAGCUCACUAAGCGUCGCGAGGUCAUUCAGCCUCAAUGGCCUAUUAUUUUCAACGGUUUCAACCUCGCUGCUGAAUCAAAGGGCGAUUCUAACUUUGUCCAGCGUCGAAUAGCACGACCUUCGGAUUUUCCCAUACUGCCUAAUUGGUUUACUGAAGCACAGGCUCAAUGGACCAUGGAGACUUCCUGGAUUCAAAGAACUUUUCUCUCAGCUUACACAGAUGCUGUGCAGGUGAACUCGUCAGCUUUCAAAAAUGUGCACUCACUACACAUCGCGAAGAUCUCUUCCGGGUUGUUGCCAAUGUUGUCCCAGAAAACCUUCUGGUCAUGUCUAAGAGGCUUAAGAAAGGUCACUAUUCUGGUGAAACCUGAUUGGAGGUCUGAGCAUAUUCCUGGUGAUAAGUUCUUCCAGUCAAAUAUGGCUAUCGAACCAGUCGAUGCUGCAUAUAAAUUUGCACAGCUUCUUCGAGACUGUAUAGCACCACUCGAAAAUCUCAACAGUUUGUGUAUCGGCUAUCUUGGUUCUGGUGAGCAUCAAACAGGAAUCUUUGGACGUAACCAGCACAUACUACCUGCACCAAUAACAUCGACUCCACGUGAGUGGUUAACCGCUCAAAACCCCUCGAUGCCAAAGCCAAGUAUGGACACCAUCUUCGUAUUUCCGCACGUUCGAACGUUGACCUUCGAGAAUUGUUGGUUCAGCCCUUUGAUGCUGGAGAAUUUCAUGAUAAAGUCACGCGAUACUAGUUUACACAAUCUUGUUCUCGACUCCGUGAGCCUGACAGCGCAGAUCACUUCGCCCCGUACUGACGGACCAUUACGGACCAUAGACAAUCAACUCAAAUGUCAACACUCACCUUCAGCUUGGCUGAACGAAAAAAUACCUGCGAAUGCCGCCUGGGUCAAUGUCCUCGACAAGGUCUCCCCAGGCAAAACAAUUCUCGACCACAAACACGAUGCUGGUAUGGUCGAUGAAGAACAAAAUCCAAGGCCUGAAACAACUUUCAAAGGCAACAUCCAGCAAAUUACCUUGAAAUCUUGUGGUUACGUCAAAAUCUUGGGGAUUGCAAGCAACGACUUCAACCAAAACGAGCUAGUUUUUCAAAAUUCUUCUUGGACUGCGAUGGACGAAGGGUUAAAAGCCCGCGCCUGCACCUUCACCAAAGUCGCGACAAGCGGUCGGCCAUCUGAAGCUGAAGGUCAUGUUCCUGGCCGAAACGCUCAGACGACUCAGCCAGGGCAAAGGCAUAGGACGUCUUUGACUCAUAACAUCAAUGCUGCUGCAGGAAAUAACGUUGCGCCGCCACAAAGACAACAGCGCAACGAGGCACCGACGUCGAGCUCACGGUUCAUCAUGCUUUCUGGCCGUUCCGGUCAUACUCGAGGUGAUUCCGUCUUCGCUAACGACGACAACACACAAUCUGCGAGGAUGACUGGUUAUCUUACACAAUGUAUUCAUCCAGUUGAGAAGAGAAUACUAGAGCGCAUGUGGGGUAUGACAUUUGGUUGGGGUGACGAUAUGAGUCGCUGGGAAGCUGUAGAAGAUGGCUGGUUUAUGGGCGGUACCGGCAGGUUCAGUGGCGAGAUCUAUAAAGAUGCUGACCUGCAAGAUGCUGCUGCCUUGACUAUCUCAUACGAAGAGAAUGAGCGGAACGACGUGCUUACCGCAAAUGACGAUGUUGCCAACCCCGACAGUGAUACGGACGACGACAAUGAGACCGCUACUGGAGCCGACAAAGAUGCUUCGAAUGGUUGUGACAACAGUGUCCUCGAUAAUGAUGCUGAAAGCGACAUCACAGAUGCAGACGAUAGUACAUUUCUGACACAGAGUUCCUGGUUUGCAGAUCCUAGGCAAGGAAGCUUCGCAGCGUUAUAUAACAACAACUUAUGGCCAACGUUCGGGGAAGAUGACGAUGACGAUGACGAUACCGACGAGAAAGUCGUUUGA